CCCAUUUAUCAAGUCUAGUUACCGUCCGAGUAGAGAGGAGCGGGGAAAAAAGCCCAGUUUACCAGGGCUUUCUAUACGGCGCCUGGAUAGGCAAAUGUUUCACCUGCUUGGCCAAUUAGCUUCCUCUCCCAGAAAGACUAGUUCAACAGGUUUCCUUUUUCUCUUCCUCUCCCCUCCCGGGUUGGGGAAAGAGGCUGUCAUUUCGCUUCGACCCUCCUCUUCCCUCCCUCGCGGCUCUGCCCCGCUCGCUUUCGGACCAAUCGCGCCGGCUCGAACGUGUCCAGGUUGGCGGCCCGCGGCGCGGGCGGCCCGGAUGCGCCGAGCCCCCAGGGCGCAGGGGAGGGCGCGGCGGGCGGGCUGGGCCUGCGCCCCGGACGGUGGGAGCCGGGGGAGCGGGAGGAGGAGGCUGUCUGCGCGCCCGGGUCUGAAGGUGCCCUCCGGACGCUGCCCUGAUGACUGAACUACAGCAAGAUGUGGACGACGCAAAGUCUGCCAAAGUGCUCGGCAAGAGAGAGAGCAGAGUUGGCUCAGCCCACUCAGAGGCUGAGAAUGGUGUGGAGGAGAAAAAGAAGGUCUGCAGGUCGCCAACAGCCCAGUCCCCUGCUCCGACCAGUGAGGCCGAGUCCCAAGACCAGAAGAGAAUCAUUUCCCUGCGGUCGAAAUCCAGUUUUGACGGUGUCUCUUUAGUAAGUGAGAAGAACGACUGUAAAACUGAAAGCAAAAAUGACUCUAAGAUUGAAAGGAAAAAGUCCUCAUCUUCCAGCCAGGACAAGGCAAACAUGCACUUCCACAAGUUGUUUCUGGAUGUCCCCACCGAGGAACCCCUGAGGCAAAGUUUUACCUGUGCUCUACAGAAAGAAAUAUUAUACCAAGGGAAGCUCUUUGUAUCUGAAAACUGGAUUUGUUUUCAUUCCAAGGUCUUUGGGAAAGACACUAAGAUCUCUAUUCCGGCUUUCUCAGUAACCCUUAUAAAGAAAACCAAAACUGCCCUUCUGGUGCCAAAUGCUCUGAUUAUAGCGACGGUCACAGACAGGUACAUAUUUGUCUCCUUGCUCUCCAGAGAUUCAACUUACAAACUACUAAAAUCUGUCUGUGGACACUUAGAAAACACAAGUAUUGGCAACAGUCCCAAUCCGUCUCCUCUUGAAAACAGUUUCCGGGCAGACCGCCCUUCAUCUCUGCCUCUGGAUUUCAACGAUGAAUUCUCAGAUCUGGAUGGAGUGGUUCGGCAAAGAAGGCAAGACAUGGAAGGAUACAGCAGUUCUGGAUCUCAGACCCCUGAAUCUGAGAACUCGCGAGAUUUCCAUGUGACAGAAUCCCAGACAGUUCUGAAUGUCUCCAAGGGAGAAGCAAAACCAACUCGGGCAGAUGCCCUCGUGAACAGAGUACCUGAAGGAAAAGCCAAGAGCCUCCCUGCACAUGGUCAGCCAGAAACCAUUGGAAUCGUACACAGAGUUAAGUCUCAGAAAUGUCCAACUCUCCACCAUAUUCUUAUAUUCUAUGCAGUUGUUGUCUGUGCACUAAUCAUCUCGACCUUCUACAUGAGAUACAGAAUUAAUACUCUGGAGGAGCGGCUGGGCUCACUCACCUCCAUUGUGGACACUCAUCAGACUGAACAGACAGCACCAUCCGGCCUGGGGUCACAAGUACAGCUGAAUGUGGAGGUCCUCUGCCAAGAGCUCACAGCUAACAUAAUGAGAUUAGAAAAGAUACAAAACAACUUACAAAAGCUGCUUGAGAAUGGGGACUGACCGGCCAGACUGCUUGGGCUAAUGGAAUACCUCGCACUUCCCUUUCAAGUAGGUGCUCCCCGAGGUGUUCUGGUGGAGCACUCCCUGCCGGCCAGAGGAGCGAGCGGACAGGCAACCCCAGCCAUGCUUGCCCCUGGAGGUCUCUGGCUCAGGAAAGGGGGAAAGGGGGACAAUUUUGGUUCCUGUGCAAUAAAAGUGGACCUUGACUCUCUGAGGACGUUUUCAGUAUUGCUGCCUGAAGAAAACAGACCCAUCUCUGGAGGUCUCAGGAAGGGCCCAGUGGUCACUCUUGGAUGAGUGUGGUUCAGUGGGUUAUUGUGACUGUGUCACCAAACACACUCCACUCCGUGCCUUUUAAGUCCUACCCACGUUCCUCUUCUCCCCGUAUAGCCCGCUUAACCAGCCUUCAAACUAAAGGAUAUAUCAUGUGCCAACAAACUUGAUAUGGUCCUUGAAAGAGUUUGCCAUGACUUGCCAAAAAAGUGAAGGAAAAAAAAAAGCUCUAAUGGAUAGAUUUGAUUCAAAUAAAUAACAUUUUUAGUUUUGGGGUCUUUUUCCUUCUGCUGUUAUGUUCUGGUUUAAGUCACCUUGUAUCUUGUCAGUUGAAUAUUGGCAAAAAUAUCAAGCAAAGCAGAUUAAACUAUCCCGUUUUAUGUUUUGUUCCUCUAACUAAUACUUAAUAGGACUGAUUCUCCCCAGAUCACGAAUCUGUGAGACAUGAGACUAAAGCACUAAAUUAAACUUACUUUGAAACCAGAACUAAUCUUUAAAACAAAAAGUAUAAUACUGAUUUGAAACCAGAUGAAAAACAUUGAAUUUUUAAGAAUGUACGUGGACUAUGUUCAUUUCGGAACAGGAUGUCCGUAAUUAAUGCUGAAACCCAGUGCAGCAUGAUGAUAGCAUGUUUUUCUCUUUUGCUGACUAAAAUAUGUAACUGGUGGUUUGCUAACUUCUAUUUACCAUGUGGGUUGGCUGGUUUUUAUUAAUAAUUAUUUAGGUACCCUAAGAUCUGUAAUAUAAAAGAUAUUCCGUUUAUCUACAAUGCAUUUUAUAAUCAUUUCUAUGAAAUGUAUUUUGUUUAAUCAGAUAAACUAACAAGUGAAUUGGCUACAUCAUUUGUAUUUGCUAGCCUGCUGCACAAGAACUGUGCCUGGUGCACCCCUGGCUUUUAAUAAAUGCUCAUUGGCUAAAAUGCCCAGCCAA